AUGUUGCAGCAUGUGCAUCUGACGGUGCAUGAGGCCCUCUCCGGCAUCGCUGGCAGCAUCUCCCUGGCUUGCUGGAUCUUCCUGCUGGUGCCUCAAUUGAUUGAAAACUACCGCCAAUCCUCUGCCGACGGCAUCUCUAUCACUUUCCUGCUGGUAUGGAUGGCUGGCGACAUCACCAACCUCGCCGGCGCGCUCUGGGCUGAUCUCGUGCCCACUGUCAUUGCUCUGGCCAUCUACUUCUGCUUCGCCGACGCCGUCCUGUUGUCGCAAUGCUUCUACUACAACACUCUCAACGCCCGCCGCGAACGCAAGCGCUCUGUCGCUGCUGCCGAGAACGCCGUCACCGACGAGAACGCACCUCUCCUUGCCGAGCAGCAGGACAACCUUGGACUGCCUGGUAGUAGAAGACGCAGUAGCGCUGCCAGUCGCAGACGUACCAGAAGUAGUGCCGAGCGAAGCAACAGCCUUGCCAACAUCCUUGAAGAGGGCCAGGGCUCUACUGCCUGGCUCAAGAACACACUCAGUGUUGCAAUCAUCCUGAUUGCUGGAGCUGCAGGUUGGGCCAUCGCUUGGAGAGCCGGAGCUUGGAAGCCCACUCCUGUUGACGUCUCAGACGGCGGCAGACACAUGCCAGUCGGUGCUGAGAUACUUGGUUAUGCCAGCGCUGUCUGCUACCUAGGUGCUCGCAUUCCUCAAAUCAUCAAGAACCACCGCGAAAGAUCGUGCGAAGGCCUAUCACUGUUGUUCUUCUUACUCUCACUAAUGGGCAACCUCACUUAUGGUGCAGGAAUCCUCCUUCAUUCUGUCGACAAACAGUACUUCCUCAAGAAUUUGCCUUGGCUCAUUGGAUCUCUCGGAACCAUUUUCGAGGACGCCGUCAUUUUCAUGCAAUUCCACAUGUACGGCGAGAAGACGUCAGCAAUCGAAUAA